AUGUCUCGACUCACGCGAUCACUCCGGGUGCCCCGGCCGAAGACCCUGUUUGGCUUCAUCAGCCUCCAGACCGGCACAGAAGUCAUCUCACUAGCCCUCGUUUUCAACAAGGUCACCGGUGUCUACGGUCUGCUCGCCAUCCUUACCGGUUACCAGCUCUCCCUCCUUCAGCUCUCUACCUACGUCUACUCGAUCGCCAUUCUUAUCGGGCUCGCCAUCCUGGUUCCUCAUGUUCGACGACAGAGCCCCUUCGAGUGCCUGGCUCUCGCGUGGAUGUAUAUUCUCGACACAGUCAUCAACAUCGGAUACACGGCGGCCUUCGGCUUGGACUGGUACUUCUCUACCCAGUUGACCGAAUCAGCCGACCUCAAGAAGACCAACUUGCCCAACUUUGUGGCUGAGGGCAUGCAGGGACUGCGCAAGGAGACGGAAAUGCAUGGAAAGGUUGUGCCACAAGAAACGGCGACGAGCAUGCUCCUGAUUGUGGGAUCGAUGUUGAUUCGCGUUUACUUCUGCUUCGUCGUCAUGGCGUACGCUAAGCAGGUGUUGCAAAAGUACAUGCAACUGAUGAUUCUGGAAGGCCCCGGUGUGGAUGAUCAAGAGGGACCGUUCGCCGAGGACCUACCGGACGGCGAGGGCCGCAGGGGACGGCUUGGCCGUUUGAUGGUCUCGUGCGGUCGGACCUACUGGCUCGAUGCUCGAGAGUCUGAUGAAUGGGCCCCUAACCUGGGCCCCAACAAGUCGGGCUCGACGGGCACGCUGGCCGGCGAGGUCUAA